CAGAGGGGGAGAGAAUGGUUGGGAAACAGCGUUUAUGCCCACCUCAGCUCCUGCUGCAGGGCUGGGGAGCAAUGCUGCUGUCUCAGUGCUUGUCCUCCGUUUUCUCUCAGACCCUGGACCCUGAGUUUUUACCCACAGAACCUCCAAAGAAGCCGGACCCUGUCACUUCAGAGACUGUUGUUUUCUGGGGGUUGCGGUUAUGGCAGGUCAUUGGCAUCUUCUCAGUGUUUGUUUUGGCAGUUGUUAUCACUCUGUGUUGUAUUUUCAAAUGCCGUAUCCCAAGAACCAAAAAGGAAAUUGAAGCACGACAUGCACAAAGACAGGCUGCCAAGAAAUACGCCAACACAUUAGAGACAGUGCCACCGCUGAAUGAGCUUACUGAGAUCCCAGGAUCGACCCCAGAUGCCUCUUGUGUACAGACAGUGUCUGAGCAGGUCCAAACUCAAAGUGCUAACGACAGCCAGCUCUCAAUAGUUAGCGCCGGCGAGGACAACCCCAGCUCUCUCACUUUGCCAGAGACUGGAUAGUAGUUUUCUCUUUUUCUAGUGCUCUUAUCAAAUCACUUUGCAAAACAGAGCGUGCACAGUGACAGCUGCUCCCAAAAGUCCCCUUCAUGAACUCAUCACAACUGUUUCAUUUCAUCCUGCAUUCAGUCCAUCUGGAGCGAGAUAUAGACUUGAAACACACACAGAGAAAGAGUGAACAUACCACUGAAUUAGAAAUGAUGAAGUGAUUCCUCUUGUAAUUUUAUGCCUCAUUAUUAGCUUUUAUAAUAUUGUAUACUUUUAUGCAGUUGUAGGUAGUGAAGUGUAACGGCGAUGUGCCAAGAUGAUUCCUCUACCGUUGUCGGAGGACCUUGUUAAUGUGAUUUUAAGGAGACAAUGAGUAUUUAUUUAGAGAUUUAUGGAUUGUUCUAACUUUUUGGCACCAGAUUAGCCUUGUCUUAUGCACCGCUUUAGGCUUCCUUAGGCUUUUUAAAAACUAGGCAACAUUUCUUACUACAUCUGUAUAGCUGUGUAUCUCCCUCCUGACCCUUUCAAAACAAGGCUUGGUUCAGCAGCUGCAUAUAAAACAGGGGAUGCCAUCCCUCCUUUGUACACCUGAUGCUUUCUCUGGUUUGUAAUGUGACUAUAUCUCUCUCUCUCUUUUUUUCCUCUUUUAGACUUUGCAAGGUCUUAUACUCUGAAUCU